CGCUUGCCCGACAGUUUGCAUAGUGUGCACGGGCCGGCUUCGCACGGACGCGAUAUGGCUGCGUUGGUCGACUUCAAACAGGUCGUGUACGACCGACUCGACCCUCGAACGAGGGACUGGCCCCUUGUCGGCUCUCUGUAUUUCCCAGUGGUGGUUUGUGGUGGUUAUCUCCUGCUGGUGUACUCAGUGUUACCUCGAUACAUGAAAAACCGUGAAGCUUACGACCUGCGAUGGCUGAUCCGAUUCCACAACUUGUUCAUGAUUGUGUCGAACUUCUUCUUCGCCGUGGAAUUCCUCAACAAUUCCUAUCUGGGCGGAUACAAUCUGUUCUGUCAGGGAAUGACUUAUGCGACCGAUCCGAGGAGUCUACGAAUCGUAGAACUCGGCUGGUGGUAUCUGUUAGUGCGAGCAGUGGAUUUCCUGGACACGAUCUUCUUCCUUCUCCGGAAGAAAAACGAUCACGUAACGUUCCAGCAUGUCUCACAUCAUUUCUGUUGCAUUUUCGGUGGACACAUUUGGCUCUCACUCGGCAUGGACGGCCAGACCCUCUUGGGGCUUUGCAUCAAUGCCUCGAUCCACGUUGUGAUGUACACGUAUUAUUUCCUCGCAUCGUUCGGCCCCCACUUCAGACCUUACCUUUGGUGGAAGGAAUACCUGACCAAAGCUCAAAUCUACCAGCACUUCCUCGUGAUCGCUCACGGAAUCAUUCCUCUUUUCUACGAAUGCGGAUACCCGAAGUUCUUCAUCUACUUCGCUCUCCCUCAAGGCCUGUUGGGUUUAGCUUUGUUCCUAAAUUUCUAUGCACUGGCCUACCAGGGACCGAAGACUUUCAGCGACGUGUUCUCCGGAGCUCCUUGCGCCUUGAGUUCGGACAACGAUCCGCUGAAGUUCUUGAAGAUGCAAAACGCUCUCGAUGACAAAGAGAUGAAGCGGAAACUGGAAGCUUCGGACAAUUGCGAGGAGCAAUUGAAGAAGGAACUCUGAGGAUCGUGAGGAGUGUUAUAUGAACCAUUUUUUUUCAUUGUCAUUAUCAUUUCAGUCGUUAUUACCGCUGUGGUGGUCGCAGUUGUAUGCAGUUGUUGUUGUUGCUGUUGUGAUUGUUACAUCGGGCUUAGAUAGGUACGUUCCUAAUUUGAAUGAUGCUGCUCCGUUGAGAGCUAGCCUUGUAUAUAGCUGAUGCUGUCGGCAGAUGGAUCGAGCGAUCCUAUAGUCAUCCUGAGAUCUUUUCAU